AUGGGGGGUAAUGAUGACAGCUGCGUGGUAGCACAGGACAGAGUAGGGGUGCCCCACAUGCCCUAUUUUAAUCUUUUGAAGAGUUUCACAUCUACCUUUCCUCAUGUAUCUAGGAUAUCACGGUUUCAUCAUAUAACCCCAGCAGUGUGCUGUUGCAGUAAAACACAGAGUGGUGAAAAGUACACUGAUCCUUUUAAACUUGCCUGGAGAGACUUAAAAGGUCUGUAUGAGGACAUUAGGAAGGAACUACUUAUAUCUACAACAGAACUGAAGGAGAUGUCUGAGUACUACUUUGAUGGAAAAGGAAAAGCAUUUCGACCAAUUAUUGUGGUGCUAAUGGCCCGAGCAUGUAAUAUACAUCAUAAUAACGCCAGACAUGUGCAAGCAAGCCAGCGCUCCAUAGCCUUAAUUGCAGAAAUGAUCCACACUGCUAGUCUGGUUCAUGAUGAUGUUGUUGAUGAUGCAAGUUCUCGAAGAGGAAAGCACACAGUUAAUAAGAUCUGGGGGGAAAAGAAGGCUGUUCUUGCUGGAGAUUUAAUUCUUUCCGCAGCUUCCAUAGCUUUGGCACGAAUUGGAAAUACAACAGUUAUAUCUAUCUUAACCCAAGUUAUUGAAGAUUUGGUGCGUGGUGAAUUUCUUCAGUUAGGGUCAAAAGAAAAUGAAAAUGAAAGAUUUGCACACUACCUUGAAAAGACCUUCAAGAAGACCGCAAGUCUCAUAGCCAACAGUUGUAAAGCAGUCUCUGUCUUAGGAUGCCCUGACCCAGUGGUGCAUGAGAUUGCCUAUCAAUAUGGGAAAAAUGUGGGAAUAGCUUUUCAGCUAAUAGAUGACGUACUAGACUUCACCUCAUGUUCGCACCAGAUGGGCAAACCAACAUCAGCCGAUCUGAAGCUCGGGUUAGCCACUGGCCCUGUCUUAUUUGCUUGCCAACAGUUCCCAGAAAUGAAUGCUAUGAUAAUGAGAAGAUUCAGUUUGCCAGGUGAUGUGGACAGAGCUCGACAAUACGUGCUACAGAGUGAUGGUGUGCAACAAACAACCUACCUCGCCCAGCGGUACUGCCAUGAAGCAAUAAGGGAGAUCAGUAAACUUCGACCAUCCCCAGAAAGAGAUGCCCUCAUUCAACUUUCAGAAAUCGUACUCACAAGAGAUAAAUGACAACUCUUUCUGUCCUUCCUGGCAGCUAUUUUUACCAGACUGUGCCUAAAGAUUUUUGUCAAAUACACUUUGCUUCAUGUGCAGAUAACCAAAAAUCAUUUUAAAAAAUCAUUUCAACCUCACUGAUAGGAUUUUUUUUUUAAAUUGGCAAGGUUUUUCAAGAAACUUUUUAAUGUAAAUGGUUUUGAAGAAAGCCAUAACUAUGAAAUGGAAUGAUCAAAACCUGUCGUUCUAGUCCCGUAAAUUCUAAUCGAGGUAUCAGAUGGUUAUAUGUGGUAUUGUUUACAUUGUUAAUACCCACCCACAUGUAAAGAUAGCCAUUAGAGAAAUAAAUAAUCAUUGUCAAAAU